AUGAAACUCAUUCACAGCUUCCCAUGUCUUUGCCAUUACCAAUCCGUUUCCGUUUGCUCUCCCCCCCCUACUCAGCUACAACUGCGCAUUCAUUCAUUCAUUUGUUCGUUCAUUCAUUUAUUCUUUUCAUUCUUCAUUUAUUACUUCCAUUUUGUUUUUUCUAUAUUUACUUCUUUAUUUGUUCCUUUCUUUGAUAAAUUUUCUUGUUUGUUUCUUUCGUUGUUUCUUUCUUUGCUUUGUUUGUUUCUGGGCGUUUUCUUUUCUUUUUUCUUUUCUUUCUAUCUUUUUUCCUCUUUCUUUCCUUUCUUUCUUUCUUUAUUUCUUUCUUUCUUUCUUUCUUUGCUCUUUUAUUUAUUUAUUCUUUCUUUUGUUCUUUCUUUGACAAAUUUACUUUUACUUUGUUUUUUUAUUUGUUUAUUCUUUGUUUCUUUUUUCCUUGAUGUUUUCUUUCUUUCUUUCUUUCUUUCUUUCUUUCUUUCUUUCUUUCUUUCUUUGAAACCAUUGCUUAUUUCUAUUUUUUUUCUUUUACUUUCUUUUUUCUUACACGUUUUUGUUUCUUUCUUUCUUUCUUUUUUCUUUCGUUAUUUAUUUAUUUAUUGCACUUGUUUCUUUCUUUCUUAUAUGUGUCUCUACUUUCUUUUUCUUUCUUUCUUUCUUUCUUUCUUUCUUUCUUUCUUUCUUUCUUUCUUUCAAUUGUCUCUACAUUCUCUUUCUCUUUCUUUUUUCUUUCUUUCUAUGCUUAUCUGCUUCUUUCUUUUUUCACCUCUUUCUGUCAUACAUGUUCUUUCUUUUUUCGCGUGCAUUUAUUUAUUCACUUCUCUUCUCUUUCUUUCUUUCCUUCCUUUCUUCUUUCUUUCUUUCUUUCUUUCUUUCUUUCUUUUUUCCUUCCGUCUUUCUUUUUUUGCUUCCUUCUUCUUUCUUUCUUUCUUUUUUCCUUCCUUCCUUCCUUCCUUUCUUUCUUUCUUACGUUUGCUUGUGCAUUUUCUUUGCUGUUUUGCUUCUUUCUUUUUCUUUGUUGGACAAUUUCUGAACUUAUGGGAUGACCUGAUACUAUGCUUUCUUUUUUUUUUUCAUUCUCUUUUGUUUAUUUUCUUAUUGUUUCAUUAUUCACUUUCUUUUAUUCUUCUAUUUCUUUAUUCUUCACUCUCUUGCCUUUAUUCUCUUAUUUCUUCAUUCUUUUCUUUCUUUUAUUCUUCUAUUUAUGUAUUCUCUUUUUCCUUCCUUUUUCCUUAUCUUCGAUAUCAUUCUUUUCUUUCUGUUCAUUUUUAUUUCUUCAUUCAUAAGUUUCAUUCAUUUAUUAUUAACUAUCUUUCCUUUUUUUUAUUAUUCAUUCUUUUCUUUAUGUUUUCGUUCUUCACUUCUUUUCUUUCAUUUUCUGUUUCUUUGAUUUCUUCAAACAUCACACGAUUUCUUUCAAUCUCCUUUUUCUUUCAUUCUCUUUCAUUUAUUCUGUUAUUUUUCAGUUUUUCACUCUCUUUUUUUUUACUUUAUCUUCUUUGCUCUUUUUGUCUUAUUCUUCUAUUUCCUCAUUUCUAUUCUCAUUCAUUUAUUCUCAUUAUUCAUUUUCUUCACUCUUUUUCAUUUAUUCGUCUUUCUUCAUUUUUUCGAUGUCUUUCUUUUAAUCUCUUAUUUCUUCCUUAUUCGUUCUCUUUCAUUUAUUCUCCUGUUUCUUCAAUCUCCACUCUCUUGCCUUUAUUCUCUUUCUUCUUGAUUCUUCAAUCUCUUUCCUACAUUCGUCUCUUUCUUCAUUCUCCAAUCUCUUUCCUUUAUUUUCUUAUUUCUUCAUCCUUCACCCUCUUUCUUUUAUUCUUUUUUUUCUUCAUCCUCCGACCUUUUUUCUUUUGUACUAUUUCUCUUCUUUUUUCUUCGUACAUUUCUUUCCUUUUACCGUUACCCAUUUUCUUUUCUUUUUUUCUUUUCUUUUCUUUUCUUUUCCUUUUCACCCCACGAAGCUACGCAUCAGCUUUUUCUGAUCUUUUCCUGUUCCGACAUUUCCUUACUCUUUAUUUUUUUUUUUAUUUCCUUCAUUAA